UCAUGGGCGAUCCUCGAGUUUACGUCGCCUGGGUUCGCCGUCUCUUUCGUACACCGCACAGCUACGAAAAGGCCACUUUAUAAAAUACGCGACAGCGAGUCUAGAAUUUUAAUUGAAUCGUUGUCGAAUAGAAGCAAGCUGUGUUAACGUGUUGAAUAUUUAGUGAAAUAAAUUAAAACUGAUAAUGGCACCAAUAGAUGGGGCUUUCGACUAUGAUCUGGCCGUUAUUGGUGGUGGGUCCGGAGGCCUGGCCUGUGCGAAAGAGGCGAUCAACUUAGGAGCCAAAGUCGCAGUACUAGAUUAUGUGACACCAUCACCUCAGGGUACAAAAUGGGGUCUCGGAGGAACUUGUGUGAAUGUGGGUUGCAUUCCGAAGAAAUUGAUGCAUCAAGCUGCUUUACUCGGAGAGGGUAUACAUGAGGCUGUAGCGUACGGAUGGGAAGUGCCUUCAUUAGAUAAAGUAAAAAUUAACUGGUCAUCAUUGACCGAAGCCGUCCAGAACCACAUAAAGUCUGUGAACUGGGUCACCAGGGUCGACUUGAGAGAGAAGAAAAUCGAAUAUAUCAAUGGUCUAGGAGAAUUCAAGGAUCCGCACACAAUUGUAGCCACACUGAAGAAUGGUAGCAAGAAAGAGUUGACGGCUAAGAAUAUAUUGAUCGCCGUGGGAGGAAGGCCGCACUAUCCGGACAUUCCAGGAGCUACAGAGUAUUGUAUCAGCAGUGACGAUAUCUUCAGUUUGAGCCAUCCGCCUGGGAAGACUCUCGUUGUUGGAGCUGGCUACAUUGGUCUAGAAUGCGCCGGUUUCCUCAACUCGUUGGGAUACUCAGCUACGGUUUUGGUCAGAUCUGUUCCUCUGCGUGGUUUCGACCAACAGAUGGCCAGCAUGAUCACCAGUGAGAUGGAAUCGAAGGGUGUGAAAUUCCACCAUAAGUGUAUUCCUCUAUCCGUGGAGAAGCUUGAAUCUGGACAGUUAAAGGCACGCUGGUUGAACACGGAGACUAAAGAACAGGGUGAAGAUGUUUUCGAUACAGUGCUUCUGGCGACAGGACGGUAUGCUUUGACAAAACAACUGAACCUCCCAGCCGCUGGCGUUACUACGGUGGCACCCAACGGCAAGAUCGUAGCAGAAACGGAGCAGACGAACGUGGGCCACAUCUACGCAGUGGGCGAUGUUCUGGAUGGCCGGCCGGAGCUCACACCGGUGGCCAUUCACGCCGGCCGACUACUAGCUCGCCGCCUAUUCGCCGGAGCUACACAACUCAUGGACUACGACAACGUGGCCACUACUGUCUUCACUCCGCUAGAGUACGGCUGCGUGGGACUAAGUGAGGAGCUGGCCACACAGAGAUACGGUGCCGAUAACCUAGAAGUCUACCACGCGUUCUACAAGCCUACGGAAUUCUUCAUUCCGCAGCGUAACAUCCGCAACUGUUACUUGAAGGCUGUCGCUCUCCGGGAGGCGCCUCAACGUAUACUCGGGCUCCACUUCGUAGGACCCGUGGCUGGUGAGGUCAUACAGGGCUUCGCGGCUGCUAUCAAAUGCGGCAUCACAAUGGAACAGCUGAUGAACACAGUUGGGAUUCACCCCACAGUGGCCGAAGAGUUCACACGCCUCAACAUUACCAAGCGCUCCGGGAAGGACCCCAACCCUGCGUCUUGUUGCAGCUAAACUAUAAAACCACCAUAACUUGAUCGAAUUAAAAAUACGAGUAACUAUGUAUUAUGAUGUAUUAUGAUAGAAAUAUACUAUAGCGAAAUAAUUGUGGAAUAAAUACCAUCAGCAAUAACCACAAAAAGGGGGAAGGUAACCCCCCCCCCCCUUUUUUCCUAUUAAAUAUCCUACUUACUCUCACUUACUGCUGGGUGAUGAUGGAUAGAUACACAGUAAAAAUAUCUCGAUCUAAUGUUCUAAAUUUACAAAAGAUAACUGUGUUUACCUGUUAUACAUAAUAAUCAUUUAUUUAAUCAAAAUAAUUUCACGUCAAAACCGCCGACUAAUUUUAUUAUCAUUUUUUUAUAAACUCGAAAUAUUUAGUAUUUUACCAAUCUAUAACUAUAUAAAAGUAACCUUGAUCAUUCUAGAAAAAAAUGUUAUUCUUUCAGCACUUAAAUAACAGUAAGUUUUAGCGGCAUUUACUUGAUUAUAUUAAUAAUUUUAAACGGUAAAAGGUUAAUUAAAUGUAGCUUAUGUUAAAAUGUCACAUAAUGUUAAAUGAUUUUAUAGUCUGUGGUGCGCAGAUUAAAAAAAUAUGUUUAUCGGUGUUAAAUGCUGUAUUAAAUAUCUUGCCUUGUUUAAUAUUGUCUAGAGUACAAAAGAUGCAAAAUUAGAGUUUAUUAAAGAUGUGAAUAUUAUGAACAAAAUUAUAUAAUAAUUAUUGUCAUCGUUGUCGACCGUUCUCUCCGUGUUAUGUCGAUGUGUGCUCUGCGUGCGCAUGUUACAACCAGUGUUGAUCACAACUAUUACUUCAAUUUUAAUAAAGUGAUAUAUUUUUUAAA